UCAGAAAGUGUUUUACUCUUUUGUUUUCAGGUUCUGUACAUUGAUGGGGUGUAUUCAACGCUAUGACCCUAAACGGGUGUAUUUGAUAUUUAUUUUAUCUUUUUGUCUAUAUAUAUGGUUCAAUUCGGCAAAAUGGAGUCUACCGCAUUUGAAUGAACCCAGCUGCCUUCCGGCUGAGAUAAAAACUGGAGCAGGCGAGCUUAUAUUAAGUAGUGGAAAGAAUAAUAAACAGUAUCUGUUUGUUGUUACUCCUACCUAUAACAGAAUAACACAAUUGCCGGAUAUGCUCAGGAUGAAACAAUCAUUUUUACUAUUAGACAAUGUUGUCUGGAUUGUGAUCGAGGACUCGGGAUGUCGGCACUCGGAGGUUUAUGAGCUGAUAAAAGACUUUCCUCUACUAAUCUACAUCAAUCAAAAGCUAUCAGGUGCACCUUCGAGCUAUAACAAGGGUGCUCAACAGAGAAAUCUGGCUAUCAAACUGCUUCAAUCUCACUUUUCUUCUUACCAUAAUUCUGUUGUCUACUUCGCUGAUGAUGAUAACACAUACAACUCAAUGCUACUGCCGAGACUUUUCAAGACAAAGAACAUCUCAGUGUUCAAUGUUGGCUUGAUCAAUGAAGACGUGGAAGGACCAGUAUCCAACGAUCAAGGCAAUUUUGUUAAUUGGCGUACAAGAUAUCCUGGCAAGUUCUUCAAUAAAGAAAGGAAGUUUUGUAUUGACAUGGCAGGCUUUGCUGUUUCAGUCAAGCAGCUCAUAGAUUCGAAUGCGUUAUUUGACCCUAAAGGAGUACGGGGCUAUCUGGAAACUGAUUUUUUAGAAAUGUUUCCGAUUCAAUUGCAUGAACUAGAAGUGCUAACUUUUUCCAUAUCUGAAAUUGUAGCAUGGCAUACCAGAACAUCAUACAUGAUUGCAAAUCACACUGCAAGUGCGUACGUUUGGUUAGUAAUACGAAAUGCAUUUUAUUUCCUUUCGGCAUAUUUAGUAGCUGUUGUAGUGCUUCAUAAAUUGAAAUUCAUGAAAGUUUGAUAAGUGUUUUCUUAAGAUAAUAAUUGGUUUUUUUUUAGUGAAAACAGUGUCAAUAUUUAUACCAUCUAGAGUUAGUGUUUUGUGGAAUGUUUACAAUGGUUAUCUAAUUCUAUUCUAUCUCAUCGAUCGUAAACUGCCAUCUUCAUUUAAAUCUU